AUGGAUUGGCGACAAAGCCGAUGGAACAAGCAAUCCACAGCAAAGAAAGUCAAAAAGAAGAAAAAGGACGACGAAAGAUCGGCCAGCGGGGUUUCUCUCGUUCCAGCAGCAAAAUCAGAUGCAGGCACGCAGCAGCUAAACUUCUUCGCCAGUCACCAUCCUCGCUUCGAUUUGCUCAAACCACCGCCGAGCAUCUCGCAACAGGAACUACUAUCACCAUCGUCAGUCUGA